AGGUGGCAAACAUUGAAUCCAACGGCCAAACAGGCCAAUAACACAUCGUUGCGAUGUCGCUUAUCGGAGUAUGAUCUUCGCGAAAUUUAAUAACCUGAUUAAGCCUUUCUGCUCUGAAAUCCCCAAUUCCUAAUCUAGGGUUUCCUACUCAGCUUCUGGUUUGUUAGCAUCUCAAGGUUGUUACCGUACAAACCAAGGUCCACGUUGGAUACUCAAUUGCUGGCUUGGGGUUCAUUAUCACUAGAGCUGGCGGGAGAUUUAGAUAUUUUUCUAUUUUUUGUACUCAAAGAGAAUUACUAACAGGUUUUUGAGAUGAGCCUGGAUCGGGGCCGAAGCCCACCACGGGUGAAGAGGUUUCGAAGCAGUGAACGGGCAUCUUACCGUGAUGCUCCUUACCCAAGGGACCGCCGUACAAAUCGGCAAGAUUAUCUGUGCAACAAGUGUAAACGACCUGGACAUUUUGCUAGAGAUUGUCCAAAUAUGACUGUAUGUAACAACUGCGGACUUCCUGGCCACAUUGCUGCUGAAUGCAACUCAUCAACCAUGUGUUGGAACUGUAAGGAGCCUGGACAUCUUGCGAACCAAUGCCCCAAUGAUCCAGUUUGCCAUAUGUGUGGCAAGGUGGGUCACUUGGCUCGUGAUUGCAUGAAUCCCAGUCUUCCAACUCAGGAUGGAAGGCUCUGCAACAACUGCUACAAGCCAGGACACAUUGCUGCUGAUUGCUCCAAUGAGAAGGCCUGCAACAAUUGCCGUACAACUGGUCACCUUGCUCGUGACUGUCCCAAUGAACCUGUUUGCAACAUUUGCAACAUAUCAGGUCACGUGGCCCGUCAGUGCCCCAAGUCAAGUCUGGCAUCUGAGAUGGGAGGUCCUUUUCGUGAUAUCAUUUGCCGUAGUUGUGGCGAGCUCGGCCACAUCAGCCGUGACUGUGUUCCUAUUGUCAUCUGCAUCAACUGUGGUGGAAGGGGCCACCAAGCCUAUGAAUGCCCUUCUGCUCGAAUGUUUGACCGUGGCCUACGUAGGUAUUGACUGGACUGGGAUCUAAAUCCGUAUUGACCACCUUGGGUAGGAUUUAUUCUUGGGAUUAACUUAUUGAAUAUCGUGCUAUGGUACUUUUUUAUUAUGAACUCACUGAUUCUAAAUUAGAGCAAUAUGGGUCGCCUCGCAUUUGAAUUUCAA